GGGUUUCCUCUCAAAUUCACUCCUUUUCUUCUUCACAACAUGUUUGAUUGCCAAAUUCACCUCUCUCUUUCUUCAUAGAAAUCAACAUGUUUCAGAGGUUGGGAACGAUUGGAACCAGCUAAUUCCACUGGGUUCCAAAUCAAAAACUACAACUUGGGGUGUUAAUCUUUAUCAAUAAUCAAACAAAGUGGGGAGUAGAAAGAGUCGAAAUCAGCCAAAUCCAAUCUGGGUUUUUGAUCGUUACUCCAAAUUGGGUGGUAAUCGUCAUCAAGAAUCGAAGAAAGUGGUGAGGAAAGGCUAAAGGGGGGUGAAAUCAGACAAAGUUCCAUCUGGGUUUUUUUUAAAAGGGAUUUCGAGUGAUAAUGAUGGCUUUAUCCUGCAAAGAUGGUAAAGGUGCCAUUCUUGAUAAUGGCAAAUAUGUUCGUUAUACACCUGAGCAGGUUGAAGCCCUUGAAAGACUAUAUCAUGAAUGCCCAAAACCCAGUUCAAUUCGUCGUCAACAACUUAUUCGUGAAUGCCCUAUUCUCUCAAACAUUGAACCCAAACAGAUCAAAGUUUGGUUCCAAAAUCGGAGAUGCAGAGAGAAACAGAGGAAAGAAGCUUCAAGACUUCAAUCUGUGAAUCGAAAGCUGACGGCCAUGAACAAGCUUUUAAUGGAGGAAAACGAUAGAUUACAGAAGCAAGUAUCUCAUUUGGUGUAUGAAAACGGUUGUUUUCGUCAACAUACACAAAAUGCGACACUUGCCACCAAGGAUACUAGUUGUGAAUCGGUGGUGACUAGUGGUCAACACCAUUUGACUCCCCAGCAUCCUCCACGUGAUGCUAGUCCUGCUGGACUUUUGUCCAUUGCAGAGGAAACUUUAACAGAGUUUCUUUCGAAGGCCACUGGAACCGCUGUAGAGUGGGUCCAGAUGCCUGGAAUGAAGCCUGGUCCGGAUUCCAUUGGAAUCGUUGCUAUUUCUCAUGGUUGCACUGGUGUGGCGGCUCGAGCAUGCGGCCUAGUCGGUCUUGAGCCUACAAGGGUUGCUGAAAUCCUCAAGGAUCGACCUACUUGGUUUCGCGAAUGCCGAACCGUGGACGUCCUCGACGUGCUACCCACCGCUAAUGGUGGAACCAUCGAGCUUUUAUACAUGCAGCUUUACGCCCCUACAACUUUGGCUACGGCUCGUGACUUCUGGUUGCUACGCUAUACUUCCGUUACUGAAGAUGGCAGCCUAGUGGUAUGUGAAAGAUCGCUAUCGAACACCCAGAACGGUCCGAGCAUACCACCAGUGCCGAAUUUUGUGCGAGCGGAAAUGCUGCCGAGUGGGUACCUUAUUAGGCCGUGUGAAGGAGGCGGGUCGAUCAUCCACAUUGUGGAUCAUAUGAAUUUAGAGGCCUGGAGUGUACCCGAAGUCUUGCGCCCGUUGUAUGAAUCAUCGACCGUUCUUGCUCAAAAAACGACAAUGAUGGCGUUACGCCAGCUGAGGCAAAUAGCUCAGGAGGUUUCUCAAUCGAGUACCCCGAAUUGGGGCCGAAGACCUGCGGCUUUACGAGCACUUAGCCAGCGGUUGAGCAGGGGUUUCAAUGAGGCGGUUAACGGAUUUACUGACGAGGGAUGGUCGUUGAUGGGUACCGAUGGAAUGGAUGAUGUUACGAUUCUUGUGAAUUCUUCUCCCGAAAAGCUUAUGGGGUUGAAUCUUUCUUUCUCGAAUGGAUACCCGUCUGUUAACACUUCGGUCAUGUGCGCAAAAGCAUCGAUGCUUCUACAGAAUGUCCCUCCGGCCCUCCUGCUUCGGUUUUUACGGGAGCAUCGUUCAGAAUGGGCCGACAACAAUGUUGAUGCUUACUCGGCUGCAGCCAUCAAACUCGGUCCUUGUAGCUUACCUGGGUCUCGAGCCGGUAAUUUCGGGGGUCAAAUUAUCCUUCCCCUUGCUCAUACUAUCGAGCAUGAAGAGCUUUUGGAGGUGAUUAAGCUCGAGGGUGUCAGUCAUUGUCCUGAAGACGCUCUAAUGGCACGAGACAUGUUUCUUCUUCAAUUAUGCAGCGGAAUGGAUGAGAAUGCUGUUGGAAUGUGUUCGGAACUUGUAUUUGCUCCGAUUGAUGCUUCUUUUGCCGAUGAUGCACCUCUUUUGCCCUCGGGUUUUCGCAUCAUUCCUCUUGAUUUCUGCAAGGUUAGGAGUUCUCUCAAUGAGGCUUCAAGCCCAAGUCGCACCCUCGAUCUUGCUUCGGCUCUUGAAGUUCGAGGGCCUGGGAAUAAAACGUCUGGCGAUCGAAGUGUCAGCAGCGGCAAUGCAAGAUCGGUGAUGACGAUAGCUUUUGAGUUUGCGUUCGAGAGCCAUAUGCAAGAAAGCGUAGCUGCGAUGGCCCGCCAAUACGUCCAUAGCAUUAUAUCUUCGGUUCAGAGGGUCGCGUCGGCCUUAUCUCCGUCUCAUCUGAACCCGAACGGUGGUAUUCAGGCACCAUUGGGCACACCCGAAGCACAUACGUUAGCUCGUUGGAUAAGUCACAGUUACAGGUGCUAUUUGGGUGUUGAGCUACUUAAAGUUCCGGGCGAAGGAAGUGAGUCGAUUCUUAAAUCUCUGUGGCACCAGUCGGAUGCGAUCUUAUGCUGCUCUCUAAAAGCAUUGCCAGUAUUCACUUUUUCGAACCAGGCAGGUCUCGAUAUGCUCGAGACGACGCUGGUUGCUCUUCAAGACAUUGGUUUGGAGAAAAUUCUCGACGAACACGGAAGAAAGAGUUUGUGCUCGGAGUUCCCACAGAUAAUGCAGCAGGGUUUCGCGUGUCUACAAGGCGGUAUCUGUGUAUCUAGCAUGGGGAGACCGGUUUCUUACGAGAGAGCCGUGGCAUGGAAAGUGCUGAACGAAGAAGACAACGCUCAUUGCAUCUGUUUUAUGUUCGUUAACUGGUCAUUCGUUUGAGUGCGGACCAGAGGGUAGCGUCAAAAGAUGAUUCGUAGUUUUAUCGUUGUUUUUUUGGUUUCGUUUUGUUGGGAGAUAAGAUGAUGGUUUAGUUAUUUAAAAUGUUAUGGGGCUAGCGAUGAAUUAUCCUUUUA